GAUAGCUAGACGCUGCAGAAGUCGAUGCAUGCGCACCCAACGUAUCUAUGUGAAUGGGGACUGGGGAGGAUGCUAUGAGAGAAGAGCCGGGGUCGCGUGUGAUUCAAUGCAUUUCAGUGGCGUUUAUGCCAAUACUUAUCGCGUCUGCUCUAGUUAACUUCAGACAAGUUUGCCAUGCAGAUCGAUAAUUCCAACCGAGACCCACCACACACACCCACAGAAACGCAAAUAUGUUCACUCUCCAAAUCAAACCUGAAUUACUCGCGACGGGUGGCCGCAUGGUUGAGUUCUCCACUUGUCAGUGUAGUUCAAAUAAUAUGUAGGCGCCUGGGUAAAUUGGAGAUGAUAUCCUUCUGGUUGCUCUGUUGGAGACUGCUGAGAGCCACAGCUGGAGUGAAGACGAUAAAGGGGAAUGAAGUGAUUGAGGGCUGCAGUGCUUGCGACACUCCACAAGAGAAAGAAAAAGAACAAGAAUCCCACUCUGGGGCCAUAGCCAUGGAGACCAGCCAGCUUUCAGAGUUGGCGAACCUAACAGACUAUAAAAUGGAUUCUGGGGAAACAGAGGACCAGAGACGCCUGCUUAGCGAAAGCGAGGAAGAAUGUGACCGAGAACCUUUCGCAGAAUACAGAGGAACAAAAGAGAACAUAAAACCGUCAGAGGAUGAACCAGACGAAGAUGAUGAAAGUGGUGAGGUGAACAGAGAGGAGGAGACUCACAACUUUGAGACAGGGCAAAAUGACUUCAGUCUAACAGAGUUACUCAACUCCUCAAGUAUAUUUGGUAGUGAACCCAUUUGUAAGGUGGAAGACCUGCUUGCACAAGGUCACCUGGGCAACUCUUCUCCAUCAGAAGUGACGGUGACACAAGAGUCCAUCUUGGAGCAGCGCAUCCGAGAGGAGGUCUCCUCAGACGUCUCAACAGGGUCCUGUCACGACCUUGACCGAGAUGACCUGAGUGACUGUCUCCAGGUAGAAAUGGCCAUCUUGUCAUCAGAUAGCGAGGCUGACGACCAGUGGAGGUCCACUUUUGCCUCUACAGUCAACAAGGAGGAAGGUUGUGAUGGAAAUGCUCAAGAGGCCCUCGAGGAGGACAGAGCCGCAGGAGAGGCAGAGAAGGGGGCCAAGGGUGAAACUGGAGAUAGUACUCACAUUCUUGAACAACCUGAUUGCCCAACAGAAUGUGAGAUCCAAGACCAAGUUAUGUCCUCUGGCAAGUUCCAGGGCUUAUCCAAAAUUCCAGAGGAUGAAGAAGAGGUCAGCCAAGGCAGGACUCGCAAAGUGAGUCGUUCUACAUCUGCAAGCUCUUCUGCAAACUCUGACCCCGACAAGAAGGUUCCUCAAGACUACUGUGUGAUACAAGAAAUGAAGAGCAAGAACAUUAGUACAGAGCAUGUGGACUUCCAGGGGGCUCGGAAGCAGUGGCGCCAAAUGGAGGAGCAGACCCAAGGAGAGGUCCAGGUCCACCAGCCCACUGUCAGACAGCAGGGGAUGUGCCAGGGAGGUCACAGCGCCAUGUACACACCUGUCAGGAACAUUGACCGACCCAGGAGGGACCCCGAAAUUGACAGCCUUGCCCUUGGUGACUUUCAACACACUCAGUUCAGCCCAUGUUCAGAAGACUCAGGUCUGGAUGACUUCAGCUACAGGUCCCUUUACGAGGACUCAGACAACCCUGUCGAAAGAGAGAUACGACAGACCAUAGAGCGUGAGGAGAACUUCAGGCGUGAGAGAGAGAUUGCCAAACAGGGUCAAGCUGGAGAAUCAUCUGCACAUUCCAAAACCCGACCAACUACUCUCUACCCCGGCAAGUAUGGCAAAGGUCUUUGCCAUGAGGUGGAAGAGAAACGGAAGAUGUUUGAGUCUAGUGAUCCCGGAUGCAGGCCUUUGAGGUCUCCCAACGCAAAGACCCCAACCGUCUCCAUAUCCACCUCCCCAUCGCCCACACCAAGGGGUGCAACCUAUCAUGAGAUGACCGCCCAAAAUGUUAUCAUCCUGGAUCCGGACUCCUACCCCACCAGCCCGAGGCACCGCACCCGGGGAUCCUUGCUAUGUCCGGGGCCCAGCAGGUACAGUGAGUGGCCCUUGGAGACGUCAGCCAAUGUCAUCAUUUUGGAGACGUCCAACCUGAUUAUCCGGAGUGCCUCCGAGUUCUGCCUGAGCUCGGCCUCCUGCCAGGAGACCCAGGAGAGCACAUUUGUCAACAACCCCUUCUUCAAGCUGCGCUCGCGGAGCUCCAUGUCCCUGGUGGACCAGGAGAUUAAGAUGGUGAAGCAGAGGGAAGAGGAGUGGAGGAGGCAGAAGAGCCAGAUGCAGACCAGGGAGAAGUACGACACCGUCCUGGUGUCCCCCAACCUCCUUGAUAACCUGAGCUUUGAUAAAGCAGAAGUGCCACUGAAAUGUGUAUCUUCCCCUUCAUCACCAUCAAGGACUCGAAAGCUGGACCGCUCCACCCUGUCAUGUGACCAUAGGUUUUACAGGUGAAACUCUUUCCCCCAGUUCCCAGAAUCACUAUCCCCAGGACCAAGGAAAAAGAAUGCCAUGGCUCAGAGAUGGGAGGCAGGACUGUGUGUCAACCAUGAACAAGAGUGAAGAACAUCAAACCAGAAUAAUACCGUUCCAUACUACAGAUGCCAAUGUCCUGAAAUUUUCUAGAUGUUUUCCAGUUCUGCUAUUGACACAGCUUGAAUAUAUAUUUACCGGUACUGUAGCUUUAAAAGUUGUGAAACAAAAAUAUGUAAAUGAAAUUGUAAGAGAUGCCACAUUUUAAAACGAACAUAGAUGGACUACCAGAUGCUUUUUGAAUGUGAUGAGUACGUUAUAUUGUCCGGUUAAGAUUUACAUUUUUUUUAAGUACUGUGUUGGUUAUACAAAAAAUAUAUUUAUUGCAUUUUUGUAUUGUAUUUUCUUCUAAACAGACUUUAAAUUAAAAUGCUAUAUGAGAAAUGUGGCAUUAAAGCUGUAGACUUCCAAAAAAAACAAAACCGAUCGCUGGUAAAUGUAUAUUAUGACUACCUGCAUAAUUAACUUAAUUCAAAGUGUUUAAUGAUAGCCACUUAUAGGAUCUUCGAAGCUUGACCCGUCAUUCCCAUUUUGAGAUGCCUUUUCAAUUAUUACUUCAAAAAAUCCUUCACAAUGUGAUAUUGGGUUGCAGUUGGUCUAGUAUUACUUGCUAGACUAGGACAAUACUCAGAGCGGAAAACUUUAAAUGGCAUUCUUUAUUAUUUUAAGUGUUAUGUUGUUUCAUGUAGAAUUUGUUAUUCUCAAUUGAAAAUGCUGCACCAAAAUAAAGUUGGAUUGACAUUAA